CAACACUGGUCGCCAGCUGAUAACAAAUCCACUCCCACGAACUUACAAAAAAAAAGAGACGCCAAUCCGAUGGUAGGAACACUUUAACGCCGGAGCCUGCAACCCGCAUCCGCCACGAUGAUCAAGAUUCUGCCACGGGCGGAUGCGCCCGGUGGCUACCACAACGUCCGAUGCGGCGAGGUGCUCUUCAGUGCACCCGCCUCCUGGGGCGUCUGCUGCGGCCUGUGCGGCCAGCGCUUGCCUUUGGACAGCUUUCCGGAACACUUCCGGGCAAAGCACCUCACCGUGCACUGCGCCACCGAGGAGUCCGCCGACAAGGCGGCCAGCGAUCCCAUUGCCAGCGAACCGCAGAUAAAGGAGGACUUUGGAGACGAGCCUGCGGAGGAGCCAAGCACGGACACAGCGGCGUUGGGACAGGAGGAGGAGGAGGUGGAGGAUGAGGACAGUGCUCCGCGCCAGCAUCUUCAGCGGGAGGCUGCCAUGAAGAAGACACUGUGCGAGACCCAGGAGGCUCUGCUGGACAUGGAACCCGACUGGACGGGCGACAACGAUGAGUUUCCGGACGAGGACGAAGAAGACAGUGACUCGGAUGACGAUUACUCCACGCAGCCCAGCGACGACACCAAGAACAUGCUCUUCCCGUGCGAACAGUGCGAACGAACGUACGCUUCGAAGCGCAGCUUAAACAACCAUCGCCGCAUGAAGCACACCGCGGCAGGAAUCAGGAAGCGGAAUGGUCCGCCGCCAGAGUACAAAUGCGAGGAGGAGGGUUGCAACCAAACGUUUCGCACGGAACGCGAUCUGCGCGGCCAUCGCUGGAAGCACACGGGCAUCGUUUGCGACAUCUGCGGCAAACCAUUCACUCAGUCGGGGAACAUGAUGACCCACCGCCUGCGGCACACCGGCAUCAAGUCGCACAAGUGUCCGGACUGCGAUGCCACCUUCUACACGCAGAAGGAGCUGUCCUCGCACAGCAUCUGUCAUACGGGUCGCAUGCCCUGCAUCUGCGAGAUCUGCGGACGACCCUGCCGGGAUCGGGGCGUGCUCACUGCCCACAUGCGUCGCCACACGGGCGAAAGGCCGGCCAAGUGCGGCGUGUGUGGCAAGGCCUUCUAUAGCUUCCAUGACCUCAAUGUCCACGCCGUUUCGCACACCAAUUUGCGACCCUUCGCCUGCGACAUUUGCGGCUCGACGUUCCAAAGGAAGAAGGCGCUGCGGGUGCACAAACUGCUCCACUCGGAGAAGCGCAAGUACGAGUGCAGGCUGUGCGGCAAGACUUUCGCCCAAUCCGGCGGCCUGAACGCCCACAUGCGUAGCCACGAUCCGGGGAGAGUUAAGACAGCUGUGAAUCCACUGCCGCAGGCAGUCACCAUCGAGGUGAUCGAGGGCAAGACACCGCCGAGCACCACCAUCACCAUGGCCAUCGACCUCGAUGUGGAGGAGCAGCUGGUUGAGCAGACCGAGAGCGCCGCCGCCACUUGGCGCCUGGCCAACUGAGUAGCUGGUUAGGACUAGUUUUAGGUUUAGUUAAGCCACAAGCACCAAAAUGCGCGAUAACGAAGACAAGAAAAGUUUUCAUUUUCAUGAAAAUCAAUAAAAUGUUAAGAAGGA